UGCAUUUAGCCUGUGUAUUUCCUGCUUGCUGCUGUUUCCAGCCGCAGCAAUGGCAGCAGUGAGAGCGCUCUUGCGUUAUGGAGUCAUUGCGGCUUUCAUGACUUCAGCCGUGCUCGCCUUUGUGGAGGAUCUAGACGACACAUUUAAAGAAAGCAGAGUGAAUGAUAUCUGGCUGGUUGAUUUCUACGCGCCGUGGUGCGGCUACUGUAAGAAACUCGAGCCCAUAUGGCACGAAGUGGGCGCCGAGCUGAGGGUCUCCGGGUCGCCAGUCCGCGUGGGGAAGAUGGACGCCACUGCUUAUUCCGGAAUGUCGUCAGAGUUUGGUGUGCGUGGCUAUCCUACGAUAAAGCUGUUAAAGGGUGACCUGGCCUAUAAUUACAAGGGUCCGAGAACAAAAGAUGGCAUUAUAGAGUUUGCCAAUAGGGUGGCAGGGCCAGCUGUUCGAGCAUUGCCCAGUAAGCAAAUGUUUGAGCACAUGAUGAAGAGACAUGAUGUGCUGUUUGUGUACGUUGGCGGCGAUUCCCCCCUCAAAGAGAAGUACAACGACGUUGCCACCGAGCUCAUCGUCUAUACUUACUUCUUCUCUGCCCAUGAGGAUGUCUUGCCAGAGUCUGUCACCUUGCCAGAGCUCCCUGCGGUCAUCGUCUUUAAAGACGACGCCUACUUCACAUAUGAUGAGUACGAGGACGGCGGUUUGUCUGGGUGGGUCAAUAGAGAGCGCUUCCAAGGGUAUCUGCAGAUCGACGGCUUCACGCUGUACGAGCUCGGAGACACAGGCAAACUGGUGGCGAUCGCAGUCAUUGACGAGAAGGACCCCACAGAGGAGAGUGGCAGAUUAAAAACCAUGAUUCAGAAGGUGGCGAAUGAAUACAGACAGCACUUUAACAGAGACUUCCAGUUUGGCCACAUGGACGGGAAUGACUACAUCAAUGGUCUCAUCAUGGGAGAGGUGACGGUGCCCUCGGUUAUCAUCCUCAACACAUCCAACGAGCAGUACUUCCUGCCAAGCCAGCCCACAGAGACCGUGGAGCAGCUGGUCCAGUUCAUCAGCAGCGUUCUGAACGGUUCUGCACAGGCACAAGGAGGUGACGGCUUCAUUCAGAGGAUCAAACGAGUGGCGUUUGACGCCAGAUCCACUGUUAUGUCAGUGUUCCGCAGCUCCCCGCUACUGGGCUGCUUCCUGUUCGGCCUGCCGCUGGGCGUGAUCAGCCUCAUGUGCUAUGGGAUCUGCACGGCCGAGACGGACGACGGCUCCGACGACCUGGAGGGGCUCAAGCGGGAAGGCCUCACGGACGACGAUGAGGAGGAAGAUGAGGAGGACGAGCGGGAGGAGGAGGAAGAGGAGGAGGAGACUGCCGGGCUGGAAGACGAGAAAGAUCCCGAAGAGAAGAAAACGGAUUAACGCUGGGCUGGAUGAUGGAUGGCGGAUGGCGGAUGACCGGCCGAGUCGGCUGCCGUGACGUGGAACUCAAAGACUCAUGGAUGACACGUCGUCUUUGCUGAUGAUCUUUGUUUUCCGUCUCACUCCCCGCUUGCACGCCUGUCUAGCGCAGGCUGUUCUCUCAUAUUUCCCAGUCUUUACCUAAAACGGCCGUCAGAGUGUGGGACCCAAACGCACUGCUUGUGUCGUGCGAUCCUCGAUGACCUCGUUAGCUAGCUGUUGUGUAAACUCCCAACCAAUAUCUUCUUUUACCCACUUGAGCCACCAGUAGAACACAGGUGAACGCUGUCUUCAAACAAAGCAGGAAGCAUCAGUUUAUCAUCCAAACGUGAGAGUGCCCAAGAUGGAAAACGUUACCAUACAUGAGUUAGUUUUGUAAGUUGUUGGAUGGCAAUUAUCAUUUGUAGGGGUGCUACACAUAACUGUACAUUUAGGGUAUUUCUGUGAAUGUGUGUAGUAAACCACAUUAUGCACAGAACAUUUGCACAGCCUCACACAACCCCUCGCUUAGAUGGGUUGCACACACACAUCACAUCUUGUCACAGCAUCUGCAUUUAACAGGUUUCCCAGCUGGUGUCCAGCAUAGACUAAUGGGAUUCAAUCCAUGUUGGGUUCAUAUAUUGUUAGCUUCCUGCAGGGUAUCUUUCAGUGCAUUUCUGUACCCCGUUAGUCAAUCUAAUAGAUAAAUUUAAGGGGAGGAGAGGGAGAGCUACAGCAGGAGUCUCCUACAGGUAGCUCACCACCUUAUUUUGAGUAACUUGCCAAAGCCACUGAAAACAUGUCCUAAACUGUUCAAUUUAGACAUUACACUAUUUUUCAUGACAAACUACCACAAAAUAGCAAAACGACAAUGAUCAUCUUUUGUAAAUAAAGUACAAUUUUAAUAUUGCCAGUCAUAUAAACACAAAUCAAUAACCUAACCUUAUUUCAUCAAAGUACUGUAGCUCUAACAAUGAGUAUCAGGUUAGAAGGGGAAAGGAAAAUUGUUCCUUAUGCUAGGGCAACCUCUCAUAAUUUGGUCCCAAGUCUUUUAUCCAUAUUGUGUGAAGCAGUCGCAAAAAGCCUCUUAAAAAUGUAAUGUUUUUUAUUGUAAUUAGAUGUUGAUAAUCCGUAAAAUCACCUUUCAAAUAAACUACGGAUUGGAAUUGUCAUUCUGAUUAAUUUCAGCAUAUCAGAGCAGUUCCCAGAUGCCAUGAAAAUGUGUCCCUUGAUCACAUAUUUGAACAAUCGUUUGGGGCAAAAAUUUAACGUCAUUAUCACAAACUACUCCGCAUUCAGUGACAAUAUUUAUCUUUAUAUAUAAGCAAAUAAGCACAAAACUAUUAAGAAAAAAAGCCCUUAAAAUUACAUCCCUGGUGUGCCUGAUCACGCGACUUGCCAAGUAGUCCUUGAAUUGUCACAUUUUUAAAAUCAUUUUGAUUGUUUAUUGGUGUGUAAAGGUUCUCUGUGCAUUCCAAGACUGCUUCAUGAUUAGUUUUCUUUCUCUUCAAAUUUGACAAAAAUAAAGAUUGCCCCUUU